UGUUUCCAAAUCGCCGCUUCUGUUCGUCUUCUUCCUUCUCCUCCCUUCUUUCUUCGUGGGAUCUCCUUAAUCAUUCCCCCCUUUCUCUCGACCUCAAGAGGGAAAGAAGCCCCUUUCGUGCCUUUAAAAAUGCCUACAGAUCUCUUCGCCUUUUGCAUCGUUUUAAGGCUUUUGUUUCCUGUUUUUCCGUGUUGAUGGAUCCGCAGAACCAUCGAAUUGGGUCAAAUCAGGGUUUGUGAGAGAAUUCGAUGCGUUCUUUUUAGGGCUUUUUUGACUUCGGAUAUAGGUGGGUGUAGGGAAUGGCGGAUUUCCGGCAGAAGCAGGACACCGCUGACCAGGAAUUCCGACGAGGUUUGGAGGAGCUGGUGCGCGGCCACAUAGACGGAUGCAUGACCGCCGCCCUGGCUUCCUGUAGCUCCGCUGCUUCGGCUGUUGAUAACGAGGACGACCCAGCACCCGGUGGCGGCGGCGACGGAGCCGACCAGCUCGCUCGACGAAGGAGGAGGUCGGACGUCGCGGGGGACGACCUCGCGGAGACGUCUGCUGCCGCGCGCCGCCACUCGCGGAUCCUGAGCCGGUGGGUGGCACGCCAGGCUGAGGAGAUGAUUACCACCAUCGAGAGGAGGAACCGGGAGUCGGAGCUUAUGGCACUCGCGCGGCUCCACACCGUGUCUAUGCUCGACAGUUCCUUCCUACGGGAGUCGCGGCGGUCGCAGACGACCGUCGAGCGCCCUGUGGCCGCCCGGGCUUCGUCCGUUCUCCAGAGGUGGCGGGAGCUGGAGGGCGCAUCGUCCGCGGUCAGAGAGCGGCGAAGCCAACCCGCCCCGUCCCCCGCGGCCACGGCCAACAACAGUCGGAAUGGUCCGGAAAGCCGUAGCCUUGCGGAGUCAAUCGACGGCGCUAAUCUCACCAGUAAUGAGAGCGAAAACAAUGAACACCACGAAGAGGGAAACGAGCCACCGGGAUUAGCAAGCACGGCGCAAGACAGAGAGAGAGAGGUUACGGACGACAGGGAGUCGAGCAGAGAGCAGUCGCCCGAUCUUGGGGACGGUUGGGAUGGCGAGAGGGAGAGAGUAAGGCAGAUAGUUCGUGGAUGGAUGAUGGGCACCGCUGUGGCAGCGGACGCUGCCUUGCGAACCUUGCCACGAAGAGAGAGCCCUAGGAGUGACUGGCUUGGAGAAACGGAACGGGAGCGUGUGCGGCUGGCGAGGGAGAGAGUGCAGCUGGUGAGCCAGCAGAGGCAUGCCCAGGGUAGCAGAACAGGAGAGAUCGAGAGAUCUCGUUCGGCAACAGACCAUGGCAAUGCUUCAGAGCAAGCCCGGAGACACCUGCCAAGGUUACGCGGUAGACAAGCUCUGCACGAUCUGGUUAUGAGAAAUGUGCAAGAGAGGGAGAGGGAGCUUCAGGGCUUGUCAGAGCAUCGAGCAGUUUCUUGCUUUGCUUAUCGCAGUCGAAUUCAGUCCUUGCUUCGAGGAAGGUUCUUGCGAAAUUCUGGACCAACUGAGGAUGAGCGACGCUCUUCUGUUGCAGCUAGAGAAUUAGGUCAACUGAGGCAGCACCAUCCUGUAUCUGGAUUAAGGGAAGAACUUAACUCCAGACAAGAGAGUGUCAUGUCCAGUCAAGCAAACAGUCGAUCCGAUGCAUUUGACAGUCAUGAUACAAACAACCUUGAUGAAUCCCAAACAGAUACUGGAAUUUCUGAGAUAUAUGAAGCAACAACGACACCUGUAACUGUUGAGACGGAAAACAGCACCGAAAGUGAAAAUACAGAAUGGACAGAAUUCACAAGUCAAGUAGAAAAUUGGCAGGAAAAUGCAGUUGGGGAAGAGGAUUGGCAACAGUCUACUGAAGAUAGGUUUAGUGGAUGGCAUGAUGGUAGUGAAGCUGAAUAUAGCGGGAAUUGGCAAGAAAAUAUAGACCAUGCACAGCCUCAUGAAACACCUGAAGGGGAUGCAGAAAAUAGACAUCAUCAAGUGCAUGGGUAUUGGCAAGAAGAUGAUCCUCAAGAGACGCUCCCAAUUUGGCACGACGAAUCUUUACCUCCUCUGCAAGGCCAACAGUCCAAUUCUAUUAGAAGAGUUAAUAGAUUUAUUCUUCCUGAUGAUGAUAAUGUAUAUAGCAUGGAGCUCAGGGAACUCUUAAGCAGGAGAAGCGUCUCUAAUCUUCUUCGCAGUGGGUUUCGUGAGAGUCUAGACCAACUAAUAGAGUCUUAUGUUCGACGGCAAGAACAUAAUCCAUUUGAUUGGGAUUUACAGAGAACGGAAUCUGUAUCUGAUUCACAAGAGGUAGAUCAGGGUCAACAGAGAGAUGAUAUGAUUGAGGACCAGCAAAUUUCCAUUGACGAGACCCUGCCAAUGCUGCCAUCUCCACCGAUGCCACCGCCACAGCCACUUUGGCAUUCAAAUUUGCAUCAUACUAAUUGGACUCGACGGAACAUUCAUAAUUCAGAAUGGGAUGCUAUUAAUGAUUUAAGGGCUGAUAUGGCUAGGCUUCAGGAGGGAAUGAGUCAUAUGCAACAAAUACUGGAGGCAUGCUUCGAUAUGCAGCUUGAGUUGCAGCGUGCAGUCAAACAGGAAGUUUCAGCAGCUUUAAUUCGGUGUUCCAGUGGACAAGGCCUUCAUGAUGCACAGCUCAAAGGGGGAGAUACAUAUGCUAAAUGGAAAGAGCACUUCUUUUAGUUGACCGAGGAUAAAUCUUAGAUUGAUGCGGCACUUAUGGCAUAUCCAACGAAGGAUGAAUUUGAUUUUCCUCACUGAAAGUUGUUUGUGAAAAAUCAUCAGUCUGGUACCUGAUGAAGAAUUAUAUCAAGACCAGAACAAGUUGAAAAAUACAGAGCAUAACAUGGAUAUAUGCAAAUUGAGUAAAGUGGCAUGAUAAAAUUAAACAAACAAACCAUAAUACAGAAAUCAUGAUGGUGAGCUGAUGCACAUGUCUGCAAUUGGAGUUCUUGGGAUGUCUAUAUUUGAAAUAAAGUCAUGGUAACUUGUGUGUAUCGUAACGGAAAAAAAGUUACCUAGCAUUUUAUUGAUCCACUCACAUGUAAAGGCCUCUUGGUGUACAAACGACACCUUAUCCAAUCAAUUGUAGUGCCCAUGUUCCAUCAAAUUCCAAAAUAUCUCCUUUUCCUUGACCAUGUAUAAGAUUUUUAUUCUAUGAAUGCAUUCCUUUUCCUAUUUACAUGGUGCCCAUGACAUCGGAUUGUAUCUGUCUGGACAUGGUGGAACUUCAUCGGUAUCUUAAUAUUCAUGCUAAUGGACUUCUUUUUUAUCAAUACUCC